AUGGGUGCUUCACCAGCUAAGUUCCUGUUCGGAUUCCUCUUUGUCUCCAUCGUGCUAUGGAUUUCAUUCAUGUUUGCUUCCCGGUUGCUGGCCUGGAUCCUCAGUCGAGUUAUGGGAGCAUCGAUUGGAUUUAGAGUUGGUGGAUGGAAAUGCUUGAGGGACAUAUAUCUGAAAUUCAACAAGGGUCCUAUUGAGUCCAUAUCUGUUGGUGAAGUCAGAUUAAGUUUACGGCAGUCCUUGAUUAAGAUUGGGGUUGGCUUCAUUUCUAGGGACCCAAAACUGCAGGUGGUAAUAUGCGAUUUGGAAGUUGUAAUGAGAUCUUCAACAAAUACUACUAAGAAAACCAGAUCUAAAAAAUCUCGCAGCCCUGGUAGAGGAAAGUGGAUGGUCUUGGCUAACAUUGCUAGGUUUUUGUCAGUUUCUGUGACUGACUUGUCAUUGAAGAAUCCAAAAGCUACUUUGGAUAUUAAAGAACUGAGGGUAGACAUAUCUAAAGAUGGUGGUUCUGAGGCGGAGUUGUUUGUGAAGUUGCAGCUUUUUCCUAUCCAUGUUCACCUUGGAGAACCGCACUUGACAUCUGGUGGAUCUUCCUCUGGUUGUCAGUUGAUAGAUGGGGUUUGUCCUCCUUUCAGCUGUGAAGAAUUCUCACUCUUGUGUGAGAUUGGUCAUAAUAGGGAAACAGGUGUAGUUAUCAGGGACUUGGAUAUUACAUGUGGACAAGUUUCUGUUAACUUAAAUGAGGAACUUCUGCUUAAGAAAAAGGAUCUGCCUGACGAAUCUUCUCAGCCUGCCUCAGGAGUUGUGCAGGUGGUGGACAAAGAAUCCGUCUCUGCUAAAAAACCGCAGGGAGAAAAAGCAUUGUCUGCUGUAUCUGUGUUACCGGAAAAGGCCGCCUUCACUCUACCUAAACUUGAUGUAAAGGUUGUGCAUCAGAGUUAUGGACUUAUUAUCGACAAUAAUAUUAUGGGAAUCCAACUGAAAUGCAUGAAAUCUUGUUCUAUAGAAGAUGUGGGAGAAAGCGUAAAACUUGAUGUCCAGAUGGAAUUUAGUGAGAUUCAUCUCCUUAGAGAAACUGGCAUCCCUGCCGUGGAAAUACUGAAACUUGAUGUUGUGUCGUCUAUUUACAUACCGCUACAGCCUAGCUUCCCUAUCAGAUCCGAAGUUGAUGUUAGGCUUGGAGGUACACAGUGCAACUUACUAUUGAACAGGUUAGAAUCAUGGGCUCGCCUUCGCCAUCCGCAGAAGCCAAAACAAGGAUUUUCAGAAGAUAGUCCUUCCAAAGAACAAUCACAUUUAACUGAACAGAAACCAAUCAUGUGGACAUGCACUGUUUCUGCCCCAGAGAUGACUGUUGUGCUUUUUAGCUUGACUGGGUCACCACUAUACCAUGGUUGUUCACAAUCAUCACACAUUUUUGCCAACAACAUAUCUGGUACGGGCACAACACUGCAUUUGGAACUUGGUGAACUUAUCUUACACAUGUCAGAUGAAUAUCAAGAAUGCCUGAAAGAGAGCUUGUUUGGUGUGGAAACAAAUACUGGGUCAUUAAUGCACAUUGCUAAGAUCAGCCUGGACUUGGGGAAAAAAGAUAUGGAUCCACCCGAAGAUGGUUUGAAGUCUAAGAUGGUUCUUGGUGCUGAUGUAACUGGUAUGGGUGUGUACUUGACCUACAGGCGUCUUGAAUCACUGGUAUCAACUGCACUAUCCAUCAAGGCCUUAGGGAAAAAUUUAUCUGCUUCGAACAAGAAACCAGCACAAAGCAAAGGAAUGCGGUCGUCCAGACAAUCAAGCAAGGGGAUUCAACAUUUGAAACUCAAUCUUGAAAGGUGUUCUGUCAAUAUCUGCGGAGAUGUGGGCUUGGAGGACAUAGUUGUUCCGGAUCCCAAACGUGUUAAUUAUGGAUCCCAAGGUGGUAGAGUUUUAAUUGCUAACUCAGCAGAUGGGAUCUCACGCACUGCUCACAUUACGUCCACAGUCUCAAAUGAAGCCAAAAAGAUGAAAUAUACUGUAUCUAUUGACAUGUACCACUUCAAUCUUUGCAUGAACCAGGAGAGAAAAUCUAUGCAGAUAGAUCUUGAAAGAGCUAGAUCUAUUUAUCAGGAGUUCCCUGAAGACAGUAAUCCCGGAGCAAAAGUUGAUCUGCUGGACAUGCAGAACGCAAAGCUUAUUAGACGAUCUGGAGGUCCAAAGGAAAUAGAGGUCUGCUGUCUCUUCAGUGCAACAAAUAUAUCGCUAAGAUGGGAACCUGAUGUGCAUAUUGCUUUAUUUGAACUAGGGUUGCACUUGAAGUCGCUAACUCAUAAUCACAAGCCCCAGGGGCAAAAUGAUGGCAAGAAAAUUGAAGAUAGGGAGGCUACAAAAGAGACCUCUUUGGAAUCAGUGAAAAUUGAAAAACCAGUGAAGAAAAGACAAUCCAUAUUUGCUGUUGAUGUGGAGAUGCUUACUAUAUCUGCUGAGGUUGGAGAUGGUGUUGAAACCUUUAUCCAGGUCCAAUCCAUCUUUUCUGAGAAUGCCCGAAUUGGCGUGCUUGUUGAGGGGCUUAUGCUUCAAUUUAAUAAAACUAGAAUUUUUCGAAGCAGCAGGAUGCAAAUAUCUCGAGUCCCUAAUGUCUCUGGAAGUUUAUCUGAUGUAAAAUCUGAAAACGUGACUACCUGGGAUUGGGUAAUUCAUGCUAUUGACGUUCAUAUAUGCAUGCCAUUUAGGUUGGAGUUGCGUGCCAUUGAUGAUGCUGUGGAAGAAAUGCUGCGAGUGUUGAAGCUCGUGACUUCUGCUAAGACUACACGUAUAUCUUCUUCGAAAAAAGAGCCAUCAAAACCCCCCAAAAAGUCUAGUUCAACAAGAACUGGAUGCAUAAGGUUUGGCAUACGUAAACUAACUGCUGAUAUUGAAGAAGAACCAAUUCAGGGUUGGCUGGAUGAGCAUCACAAACUUUUGGAGAACGAGGCUCGUGAGUUAGCUGUUAGGUUAGAUUUUCUUGAAGAACUUAUUUCUAGGAGCAGCCAAGAAAUUGCGUGA